ACGCCUAUUAAUAGUAGCCCCACCCCUUUUGCUGCAAGCACUGUUAAAGGAGAGAAUGGCGGCCAGGAGAGGGACUGCUAGUAGUUUAGUUGAUAAGAAAAGGAGGGCGGACGAGAGAAGGAGAUUGUGCAACGAAUUAUCAAGCACAAUCAAAGUGAUUCAAGAAGAUCACGUGAGAACUAAACUAGUCAAAGGGGUUCAUUUUGGUGCCAUUCAGCUUUGUGAGAUAUUGGAAGCCAUUUUCUUACACGAACUGAAAGAUAAAAGAGGUGUAUUAUGGAGAGAAAAAGUUAGCUCUGAGCCAAUGGCAGACCUACCUGAGCCUAGUUUUUGGUCUUGCAUUUCUCCGUUAGUUUCAGACGAAAUUAAAACUCAAUUACUAGCACUACGGAAUUCAGAAUCCGACAUCAAAAAAUGCAGGUCGUGGGUAAGACUCAUGCUAGUGAAGGGUCUUCUAUUUUCAUUUCUCUCUGACAUACAGAAACAUCCUGGACUACUAGGUCCUCAUUACGGUCCAGAGGCUGUUCUUAAAGAUACAGAACGUUCAGAAAUAAUUCAAACAUUACUGCGAGGUUUGGAAGUAUUUGAGUUUGAGUAUGACUUUAGUAGCACGAGACUCACCUCUUGGGAGGCUCAGGUACUUGAGCUGGCAGGAAUAUACCAACCAAUCAAUCCACCAAUACAAGGAAAGAAUAAAAGAGGAAAAAACCCUUCAGUUUCAUCAGAGGGCGAUCGUGUUAGUCCUCCUCCCUCUGACUUCCUAAUGGGUGACGCUGUGGUAGGACUAGCAAUGGCUAGAUACUCAAACCUUAAGAAGAGCAGAGAGAACCUCACUGAUGAGGACUUACUACAAAAAGAAGAAGACAUUCAGAGCACACCCAGUACCAGUUCUCAUGGAGCAACUGUUAGGUUAAGAGCCAAGUCCCCAAACUCGCCCAACAGAAGUUACAAUAGUAUGCUUUAUAGCUAUGCCGGGAAGAACAAGGACGACGCCCCCUUCAGUCGCUAUGGAUACGAUAGCAUCAGGAAGAGAAAUGUACCACGGCCGGUGGGGGAGGUAGAGGAGGAGGAGGGAGGAGAUGAAGACUCGGCAGUCGAGAUAAAUAUGGACGACAUGACGCUAGCACAAGAAAUGAACUUUGAAAUUGUUAAUGCCGACGAUACUAUGAACGUCAGGACUAAAGAACAUGUCGAUACGCUAACUAGUCAUUUAACAAAGCUAGGUUUAGAGAACGGGCUGGAUUCACAAGAUUAUCAAUGUGCCAGCUGCAAGAGACCAAUUGGAAUAGUGUUUGGCGAAGCUAAAUUAUGCAAGUUUGACGGCGGGUAUUAUUGCUACGAGUGUCAUCUUGACGAAGAGAGGCUGAUACCGGCUAGGAUACUCAUGAACUGGGACUUUAGGAAGCACCGGGUCUGUCUACGGAGCGCAGAGUUUCUCGAUAGCAUCGAGACCAUGCCAGUACUGAAUGUGGACGAGACUAAUAAUGCACUUUAUCACUAUAUACCUGAACUGGAGGAGACUAGAAUGCUAAGACACACUCUCAGUCUACAAAAGGACUACAUUUUAACGUGCAAGGAUCCGAUUUUUGUUGAAGAAUUCAAAAAGAGAGUCAGAUCGUCACAUUUUUAUGAGCACAUUCACUUUUACUCAGUAAAGGACCUAUAUCACGUAUACACCGGCUCCCUAGUCUCCAAAUUAAGGAAAAUUGCAAAAAAUUGCAAGAAACACAUACGCAAUUGUCCCUAUUGCUCGCAGAAAGGUUUUAUCUGUGAAGUGUGUCAGAAAGACGAGAUCCUCUACCCAUUUGAUAGAGGGACAUAUCAAUGUCUUGAAUGUAGGUCUGUUUUUCAUGAUCCUUGUAAGCCAAAGUUAAAGUCAGACUGUCCCAAAUGCCUACGUAUCGAGCAAAGGAGAGCAAACUUGAAGAGACCAGACUCAGUUUUGUAUACUGAAUAAUGUGAACAUAUUGUUAAUAGUAUCACAGGAUCACUCCAUCUUCUCUUUCUCUGUCUUCUUGAAUCACAAGUUUGUAAAAUGCUA